AUGCAAUCAUUGAUGACGAGUAGGCCUCAGAGAGGUGGAUAUCGAGAAGGCUCCAUGAUGUAUAGUAAUGCAUAUAGACCUAGUGAGUGCAACAGGUUUCGUAGUACAUCCUCAACAGAUAAGUUACAAGGUGGAAGACAAACACGGUUGUGUUUCACACGUUUGCAAGAGGUGCAUACCGAAGUGAACUGUGAACCGGUGAGCAAGUUCAGUGAUAUGCUAAAUGUGAAAUCCAGGCCAGACUCCGAAUUGUGUGACGAUAACGGUUUGGUCAACAAGUCUGUAGCUGCAACUGGUAAGGCGUUGUUGAAUACAGUGUCACAGCAUAGAGUUACUGCUUCAGAGUGCAGUUCUGACCCUACAAGUUUACAAGGUAUUACUAGUCAGAGUGAAGAAAUAAAGCCUUUAAUCAUUUGUGAGGAGGAACCAAAAUUGUCUACUUCUGUUAUUAAAGAGUUUGAAAAUGAUGAACUUGACGGUAAAUUGAAUAUUUGUGAUAAUGAUCACGAUACAUCACUGUUGUUUUGGUUAAUCAUGAUGAGUGUAAUUGAUCAGCGUGUAGCUCACCUGUCAUCAGAUGAUAGUGCUAAACCCGAACUAGCAGUGAAAGACAGCAGUGGUGGUAAUCUUGCAGUUAGACAAUUAUCUGAAAGUCGAACAACAACAGCUUCUGAUCCACUGCUGAGUUCAUCACCUUGCGUCACUCAGUCAUCGUUUGUGUUUUUAUCCACAAUGAAAUGGACGUCAAUGAACUCACGUGCCUUAUGCAACGACUAUGAUAGUAUUGGUGCGUUUGAAAAGACGAAAGAUAUUGCUCAACUUAGUGAGAAUAAGACAAGUGUAAACGAGAGAGUUUGGCGCUGUGCACGACAUUCGACCUUGAGGUGCUUAGACCCCGAUAAAAGAGAUUGGUGGACUGAAACUCGCAAUAUUUUGUCAAUGGCUUGUGCUUCACAGUGUAGCAGACCAAAGCUAAAUGUUCCCUUAUUUCUUCGCGCUGCGUCUGAUUUACUGACUAUUAUUCUGCUUCACGCAGUGUAUUUUCUGAUUAAGUUUUUCGGUAGUCGUAAAUGGAGUUUCUUUUGCGAUGACUGGAGCAUUAAAUAUCCGUAUAAAGGCAAUACUGUAUCCUCUCUUGCAGUAUGCCUAUAUGGUUAUCUAACGCCGAUUGUCAUAAUUGUCACAGUGGAAAUAGGUACAGCAAUAUUUAGAAAGAAAACUGAAAGGAGUUAUUCAAUCAGAAGUUCGCUGCCAUUUAUUUACGACUUUUGUAUUGCUUCUCUUAUGUCACAUGGAGUUUGUGUCUUUUUGACAACACUUACAAAGUAUAAUCUGGGACUACAAACGGUGUAUACAUGUCAGGGCACCAGAGAAGAUUUAAUUCAUGAUGUUUUCUUAUCAUUUUUAUCUGGUCAUGCAUCAACAGCCGCUGCAGGUGUAUUUUUCUCUGUGAUAUAUCUCCAAGCUCGCCUGCAGUUACCUCCAUUGCCUUUGUUUCGACCAUUCAUUCAGUAUGCACUAAUCGCUAGUUUGAUCUAUGUGUGCGCUACUCGUGUAACUGAUCACUAUCAUCAUGCGACGGAUGUUUUAGCUGGAUUGAUACUGGGCUUUCUAACUUCAGUAUUUGCUAAGGUCUGCAUUUAACAACCAUGCAUGAAUCACAUGUGCAAUAGCUGAUCUCUUUACACUAUUGACUGACUGGUCACUUGUAUGAUAGCGAACAGUGUGGUCGAAGUUGUCGAUUACCAACAGAUCGAAGAAUGACUCCACUGCAGUCAAGUAUGCUGGCUAGUGAGUACACUGCAAAUACCACAACAGGCAACAAGGCGAGCUAUAGUGAAUUCCUAAAAAAGGCAUUUUCCCGCGUUCAUCAAGUCGAAAGAGGGACUAAUCAAUAACACCAAUUGACAGAUUCAUUCAGACUUCAGAAAAUCUUGUCAAAACUGUGAACUACUCACACAAGUAGUUGGAGAAAGAUAAAAAAAAACAGCACAUUUAAGUUGUAAUUCCCCUUGUAAUAAUAGUGAAUUUAUCUUUUCAACGGAGUAAAGCGCUGCGUUUUGACAGAUUGAAUAACAUUCCAUAUUUGGAUGAAAUUAAUUUUUCAAUUUUUGUAUGGUGUGUUGAAUCCCUUUGAGACAAGCCUCCUCUUUCCCUCAGUAGUAAGUGUAGCUACAGGCUCUCAUGUAAUCCCGUCGAUUGAAACAAUCUCAGUCGGAGUAUAUUUUAGUCAGCCUCUGUUCAAUUUUUUAAGACAAAAGAUUUCAGCAAAGAGCAAUUUAAAUAAAUUAUAGCAGAGUACUAUUAUCAGUAUAUAAACGGGAGAAUAAGCUGACAGGCCUUAGUAUAUACCAGCUGAGAAAAGAGCAGCAUUGACAGGCUGUUAAAAGACUGUGGCUACAUAGAUACAUAGUCAUUACCAAA